AAUGCAUUUUCUCUGCUGUUGUUAAAAUGGGGUUUGUUCUCUGCGGCCAUUGUUUACGAUCGUGUAAUGAUUGGAUUUAAUUGGAUAAGAGGACCGUGACCUUCAUUGUCCGGGUAACACUCAGUCUGACUGUGUGCUGUGGGCGGGGCCGACCGUCGUUCCCUGGUCUCCAGUGCAGGAUUAAGAUGGAAUGUUGUGCAACGCUGUUGAUGACUACUGACAUUCCAUCAUCUACAAACUGCCGAGCUGUCGUUUCCCAUUCAGUUUCCUUUCUGAUUAGGCCCUGUCGUGGCCUGCUUCCUGAACUUGUGAUAGUAACCGCAGCACUGCAUUCUGGGCAAUAAUCAUUAGACGUCAUUGCAAACACGAGCAGACAUGAGCUUGGCCAGAUAACGGCAGCAGCUGUAAAAUAUCUGUCGUCAGUUUUUUUUCAUCAUUUUCCCUUCUUUUAUUUCUCCAGUCCUACUGCUAUCAUGUCAGGAAAGUCUGAUGGGAAAAAGAAGUGGGCAGCCGUCAGGGACCGCCUGGGUUCCUCGCAGGACUCCGACACCCAGCAGGAGGCCAAUCUGGAAAGCGCUGACCCGGAGCUGUGCAUCAGACUGCUGCAAGUGCCCACAGUGGUCAACUACUCAGGGCUGAAACGGCGUCUGGAAGGCAGCGACCAGACAUGGAUGGUCCAGUUCUUGGAGCUGAGCGGGCUGGACCUGCUCCUGGAGGCGUUGGACCGGCUCUCGGGACGAGGAUGUUCCCGCAUCUCUGACGCCC